CUACGGUAGAAACUAAAAAUGCUCGUGUUGUGAUUGUUACGGCUUGUUUUUAGCAGAUUCCAGAAAGUUUUGUAAAAUUAGCAACGUAUGAAAAUUAAUUCAUUGCAACUAUUUAUUGACGUGUGUUUAUUGCUAUUGAAGUUUACGUGGAAUUGCAAGCGGUGAUAUAUACCUCGUAAUUAGCAUCUAUUUACAGAAAUAAAUGCCAUCCACGGGCGAUUUUGUUUGAUUUGGCAUAAUAUUUACACUUACACUUACAGUGUAACUUACAGUAAUUUUGCGUUUGGCAGUACAUUUAGUGUCAUACCACCUAUGGUCAUACUCGUAGUGAUAGUCAUAGUACAUUACAUACAGUGAUAGUAAUUUUGCAUUUGGCAGUACAUUUAGUGUCACAGUACAUUAGCCUUAGGGCCUACAUACAGUGGCAGUACAUCAUCAGGACAGUAAUUUACACGUAUGCAUUGUAUGAUUGUAAUUUGUAUAUUAAAAUUAUUAUAAUAUAAAAAGUAAUGGAAGUGUGCGUUGAUUGUGUGGAAUCUGCAAUAAAUGCAGAAAAAGGAGGAGCAACAAGCCUGGAGCUAUGUACCAGUUUACUUGAAGGUGGUUUAACACCAAGUAUUGGUCUGCUGCGAAAGGUGAAAGAGAUAGUAGACAUUCCAGUCUUUGUGAUGAUUCGACCACGCAGUGGAGAUUUCCUAUACACGGGUCUCGAAAUUGAGGUGAUGAAGGAAGACAUUUCAUGCUGCAAGGAAAACGGAGCUGAUGGCAUCGUCUUUGGAAUUUUAACGAGAGAAGGAAACGUGGACAAAGAGCGAUGUCUAGAUUUGAUUGAUGUUGCAAGACCUCUACCAGUUUCGUUCCAUAGAGCGUUCGAUCUGACGUCGAACUGGAAGGAUGCCCUUGGUGUGUUGAUCAAUCUGGGCUUCGAGCGUGUGCUGACUAGCGGUCAAGACACAAGUGCGCUGGACGGACUGCCCGUCAUACGUGACAUGGUGCAGCUGGCUGCUGACCGCAUUCUUGUCAUACCCGCUGGUGGCAUAUCCGAGCGCAACAUAGAGCGUAUUCUGGAGGGAAGCUGCACUACAGAGUUCCACUGCUCUGCGCGCAAGUCAUUUGAUUCCGCUAUGAUCUACCGUAACUCGCGUGUGUCGAUGGGUGGCGCCAUCUCUCUGCCAGAAUACACACACAAGGUCACGGAUGCGGUCAAGGUCAAGAGCAUUAGGGACAUUGCGCGGCAUACGUGACGUGACCCCCCUCAUCCCACUCAUCUAGCCGCCACAAAACCUCCAUCCCCUCGAUCUUAACACUGAAAUUUGUCUGUAAUAUUUAGUUGUGCCCUCAACUUUUGACUUUUAUUUCCACCCUUCAUCUUUUACUGAAAAGGUUUGAGAUUUUGUAGGUUUAAUGAAAUAUACGUAUACCAUUUACUGGUUUUGUCACACAAAAUUCUUUAUGAUGGUAAGCAAUACAACUUCUAUCCAUAAAUAGAGGAAAUAUCCCAGCGACACUGGGAGAAGCAGUGUUCUCUACUAUAAUGUCCAGGUGGUGGGGGCCAGUGAAUAUACUAAUCAGAAUGUGAAACGGACUCUGCAAUAUAAGACUUUGUAUGUUGUCUACAGUGUCGUUGUAUAAUUGUUGACGAUUUUUUAUUAACAUCAGUAGUUUACACUUUGCGUGAAGUCCGUGUACUAUAUGCACAACCUGCACAGGAUUUGUAAAGCAUAGUUUGUGUUGCCAGGUUCAGUAAGUGAUUAUAUAGCAAGCAUUCCAAGUCAGCUAUUCCUGACAUUGUGGUCAAUUGCUCUAUUUCAUAAUUCCAACCGUCUGGUUAUUGACUGCUCAAUCAAAUCGUUGGAAUCUUAAAUAUAAUUAUAUGCUAUAGUAUUUAAAGUUAUGACAUAAGCUGCUGUCAAAUAUUUUUAGGUGCUAAUAAACGGAGUGCACGUUUAUUACUUUUA